AUGGCUUACCUGUCGCCGGAUACAGCCCGUAAUGGGGGCGGAAGUCAAAUUUCUCUUGAUCAAAGUAUCUCGGCUCAAAGUAGUGAGGAAAUAAGCCAACAAGAUGUCAAGCAACAAAUUGAGAAUCGCACAGCCAAUCCUUUCUUACUGUCCUUGAAGCAGCUGCGGGUUAUGCUUAAGCGUAAUGCCAUAUUACAGAUUCGUUACCGCAAAUCGACCAUCGCUCAAAUAUUCCUGGGUCCACUCAUAUUCAUCCUAUUGCUAUUCAUUCUAAACGAAGCUGACAAAGCAAACGUAAAAAAGUCAAACCGUCACCCCAUACCAUAUGAUCUCGAUGGUGUCGUUCGUUGUCAAGGGAGAAACGAGGGAGAUCCAUGUAUAAAUAUUCUAUUUACUCCCGACAAUCCUGAAAAUAGACAAAUUCUACAAAUCUUUUCUGCCAAGAAUGCACAGAGAACGGGAGAAGCACCACUAAAUAUCGAAAGCGUGAACUUGGCUCUGACCGAUGUACCGACAGACAACCUCGGCAUAAUACCCGUCCCAAACGCGCAAUUCAUCUACGACUACACACUCCAAAAUCCAAACACUACAUUGUUCGGUAUAGAAUUCACCACUGUUCACCAACCGACAACUAAUUACCGCUACCAGAUCUGGUUUAACAGCACUCAAUCCGCUAACAACUCUGAUGUAUUCAGUGAUCAAAUAGUCGCCUUUCAACGUGGCCUUGACGAAGCCAUCAUUGCUGUUGCUACUAAUUCCGGACAAACGGUAGACACCACGCCAACGUUUAACGUGCAACUCAAAGACUGGCCAAAAGUGCCGCCUUCUGUGGUCGGAGAUGAGAUUGUUGGUUCACUUGGGAGUUUGUUCUUCUUCUGUGCGGAGAUGAUCAUCUUUAUUGUUGUGCUGAACACGAUCGUUACCGAAAAAGAACAAAAGCUGAGAGAUAGUUUGAUUAUGAUGGGGCUGAAGGUCGAAGUGUACUGGUUAAGCUAUCUGUUAUCGAACGCCUGGCUUGUGAUUAUCUGUUCUAUUAUUACCUGCUUCCUGGGAUUCAUAUUUCGAUUCGAAGUGUUCACAAAUACCAACUUCCUUGUUCUGAUAAUAACGUUUAUUCUUUUUGGCAUGGCAAUGGUAUCAUUUGCUUUCUUCAUUACUGUCUGGUGCAGAAAGGCUCGUGUGGCAGUAUUGAACGGUAUCUUUGUCUUUAUCAUUGGAUUGCUUUUCCAAUCAUUCGUCUUCUCGAACAACUUUGUCGGAUAUAUCUGGUGGGAUGUAAAGACCGCGUCAUAUUUUCGGCACAUCUUCUCGCUCCUACCCUUUUUCAAUUUUGGAAAAAUCUACCUUGACAUCUCUAAACUAUCAACCGGAAAAUUCGACUUUCUAACGGAAACUAUUAUUAAAGGACCAGGAUUUAAAUGGCAUGAUCUUUUUAACCCUAUUCCAAACGAAUACCUUCCCACGUAUGAUGCAGCCGGACGCACACCUCUCGUGCCUCCACCCGUGCAGAGUUGGUAUUUGUUAUUAAUGGAUAUUGGCCUUUACUGUCUGCUCACUUGGUAUUUCGACAAGAUUUUGCCAGACGAAUUUGGUACUCGUCGUAGUCCCGUAUUCUUCUUGUAUCCCAGUUUCUGGGGAAUUAAAUUCAAAAGGAACACUAAUACUGAACAAUUGUUGGCCAAACUCCAGAAGAAACCAGAUGAUGAUGAUCCCGACUAUAAAGAAGAUGAAGAUGUAGCCGCCGAGAGACUUGUUGCUUUUGAUCCUAGUCAGGAUGUGGCCUUGCGUAUUUGCAACUUGCGUAAAGUUUAUCGCCAAUCUUGGUUGUAUAAGAGUAAAUUAGAUAAAGUGGCGGUGAGAGAUCUCUGUCUCGCUCUCAAGGAAGGUAAAUGUCUUGCCCUACUCGGACAGAAUGGGGCCGGUAAGAGUACUACCAUGAACAUUCUCUCUGGAUUAACUCCCGCUACUAGUGGCGAUGCGCUGUUGUAUGGAUACAGCGUCCGCAAUGAGAUGGACUCUAUUCGCAAAAUCAUGGGCGUAUGUCCCCAGCAUGAUAUUCUAUUUAAUGAUCUUACUGCAAGAGAACACAUUGAGCUAUAUGCGGGAAUUAAGAACGUUCCAGCGGAUGAAAUCAAGAAGCUUACCGAAGAGAGAUUGGCGGCUGUUAGACUCACCAAAGUAGCUGACAAGCCAGCUGGCACUUAUAGUGGAGGCAUGAAGCGUCGUCUCAGUAUGCUUAUCUCUACAAUAGGGGACCCACGCAUUAUCUUCCUUGAUGAACCCACAACUGGUAUGGACCCAGUGAAUCGCCGUCACGUAUGGUCGUUUAUCGAAAACUUCAAACGCGGCCGUGUUAUCGUGCUGACCACCCAUUCUAUGGAGGAAGCUGAUGUGCUUGGUGACCGCAUAUCUAUUAUGGCUCAUGGGAGGUUGCGUGCAUUGGGCAACGCUAUUCAUUUGAAAAACCGAUUCGGCGCCGGAUAUCGUGUUUCUCUUGUUUGUCAUCCAUCCGAUGCUCCUCUUUUAAAAUCCCGCGUAGAGGCUAGAGUGAGUGAGGCAAAACUAGAGGAUGACAGUGCCGGCGCAUUGAUAUACGAAAUACCAGCGUCUUCAAUGCAUAUUCUUCCCAACUUGAUUAUGUGGAUGGAGGAUAACAAAGAGGCGAGUACAGCCGAGCCGACUAAGAAGUUGAUCAAGGCAUGGGGAGUGAGUCAAAAGAGUUUGGAAGAGGCAUUCUUGAGAUUGAUUCGGGAAGCUAAUCCCAAUGGGUACCAAGGAUACGAAAUGGAUGAAGAGAAAUUAAAUUAA